AUGAGGAGUGUGGACAAAGUCAAGAGUACUCAUAAUGUAUGUUCUAGAAGGAUUCACUGUGGAAGAAUUGUACAUGUAUUACAUGCCAAAGGCAAUCAUUCAGCAGUGUCUGAGUUUAUCCUCUUGGGAAUCACAGAUAAUCCAGAGCUUCAAGCCAUUCUCUUUGGUGUCCUCCUGGUGAUCUAUUUAGCUAAUGUCAUGGGCAAUGUUGGUUUGAUUGUACUAAUCCAAAUUAGUCCUCAACUUCACACACCCAUGUAUUUGUUCCUCAGCCAUCUGGCUUUUGUUGAUUUUUCUUUUACUUCAUCUGUCACCCCAAACACCUUGGCAAACUUUAUGCAUGAAGUUAAAAGGAUAACAUUUUAUUCCUGUGCCAUUUUGUGCUGCUUUAUCUCACUUGCAGUUUGUGAAAUGUCCCUGCUUUCAAUUAUGGCAUAUGAUUGGUAUGUUGCCAUCUGCAACCCUUUACUCUAUGUCAUUCUCAUGCCUAGGAGACUCUGUACUCGAAUGAUUGUUAGCAGAUACAUUUAUGGAUUCACUGUGGGUCUUGUUCAGAUGAUGGUGACCUUCUGCUUGUCUUUUUGUGACUCCAGUAUGGUGAACCACUUCUACUGUGAUGAUGUUCCUUUGAUUGCACUGGCCUGCUCUGACACUCACAUCAAAGAGCUGAUGCUACUUAUCACAGCUGGGUUCAAUACCCUCUGCUCUCUCAUUGUGCUAAUUUCUUAUGUCUUCAUUCUUUUGGCCAUUCUAAAUAUUCACUCUGCUGAAGGAAAACGGAAAGCCUUUUCUGCGUGUGCUUCCCACCUGACUUCCAUCACAAUGUUUUAUGGGACAAUCAGUUUAAUGUACCUACAGCCCAAGUCAAGCCAUUCUCUAAACACCAAUAAAUUUGCUUCAGUGUUUUAUGUGAUGGUGAUUCCCAUGCUAAACCCAUUGAUCUAUAGCAUGAGAAACCAAGAGGUAAAAAUUGCAAUGAGGGGAUUUAUAGAAAAGUUGUAUUUGCUAUCAAACUGA